UCUUGAUCACAAGUGUCUCGGUUGGGCAUUUUCUUUAAACAUGGUGCAAUGGGCUGCAUGUGUUCAAGUGGAUAUAGAAGAAAUAUUUUUGUGGACAGAUGUCCUUGGAUUACCGAGAAAACAAACAAGUUUGACUUCAGCCAAUACAUUUAGAUGGGUACAAGACCACAGGGCAGUCUUGGCUUGCCUGAGAGGGUUUGGAGAGCCUCGGCGCUGGUGUGAAGCAGCACAUGAAGGGACGGGUUGAAAGGCAACACGCCAGGGCCAGAGACGGAGUGAGCGAGACAGAUCAGGCAGUCCGAAACCACGCGGCUACAGAGAGCAGCAGCAGACCAACGCACGCGUCCUCUGACCUUCACAGGAGCUUUGCUCUUCGACACCUCUGGGAACAGUUCACAUAAUCAAAAAUGGAGACUCCGGGCCAGAAGCGUACCACCCGCAGUGGGACAGUCACUGUGCUGUCCCCCACGCGCAUCACACGUCUCCAAGAGAAGGAGGACCUGAGCAACCUGAAUGACCGCCUGGCCAUCUACAUCGACAAGGUGCGCUCCCUGGAGACGGAGAACGCCGCCCUGCGGCUGCGCAUCACCGAGUCGGAGACGGAGGUCAGCCGCGAGCUGACCGGCAUGAAGGCAGCGUACGAGGCCGAGCUGGCCGACGCCCGCAAGACCCUGGACUCGGUGGCCAAGGAGCGAGCCAGGCUGCAACUGGAGCUCAGCAAGGUGCGCGAGGACUAUAAGGAGCUCAAGGCCAGGAACAGUAAGAAGGAAGCGGAGCUGGAAACCGCGCUGGCCAGGCUGAAGGAUCUGGAGGCUCUCCUCAACUCCAAGGACGCCUCCCUCACCACAGCACUGGGGGAGAAGAGGUCUCUGGAGGCCGAAGUCAGGGACCUGAAAGCCCAGCUGGCUAAGCUGGAAGGUAGUCUUAGUGAGGCUAAAAAGCAGCUGCAGGAUGAGAUGCUGAGGAGAGUGGAUGCAGAGAAUCGCAUCCAGACUCUGAAGGAGGAGCUGGAGUUUCAGAAGAACAUCUACUCUGAGGAGCUACGCGAGUCCAAGCGCCGGCAAGAGACGCGCAUGGUGGAGAUCGACAGCGGCCGGCAGCAGGAGUUCGAGAGCAAGCUGGCGGACGCCCUGGCCGAGCUCCGCGGACAGCACGAGGAGCAGCUGCGCAUCUACAAGGAGGAGAUCGAGAAGACCUACAACACCAAGCUGGAGAACGCGCGGCAGUCGGCGGACCGGAACAGCCACCUGGUGGGCACGGCCCACGAGGAGCUGCAGCAGUCGCGUGUGAGAAUGGAGAGCAUGUCUUCACAGAUCUCCCAGCUCCAGAAGCAGCUGGCUGCGCGUGAGGCUAAGAUUCGUGAGCUGGAGGAGGCGUUGUCCCGCGAGAGGGACAUCACGCGCCGGCGCCUGGAUGACAAGGAGAAGGAGAUGUCCGAGAUGCGCCAGCGCAUGCAGCAGCAGCUGGAUGAGUAUCAGGAGCUGCUGGACAUCAAGCUGGCCCUGGACAUGGAGAUCAGUGCCUACAGGAAGCUGCUGGAGGGGGAGGAAGAGAGGCUGCGCCUCUCCCCAAGCCCACCCCCCGGUCGCGUCAUAUCCGUCACGCGCUCCUCGAGCUCAGGCGCGCACUCCCAGACGCGCCUGGCGCAGAGCAGCAGCAGCCGCAACUCCUCCGGCAGUGCCAAGAAGCGCCGCCUUAACGACACAGACAGCGACGCGUCCAGCGUGGCGGGCGCCAUGGUCACGCGCACCCGCAUCGCCCAGCAGGCCUCGGCCAGCGGCCGCGUCACCGUCGACGAGGUCGACCUGGAGGGCAAGUUCGUGCGGCUCAGCAACAAGGCGGACCAGGACCAGUCUCUGGGCCACUGGCAGGUGAAGAGACAGGUGGGGUCCAGCACUCCCAUCAUCUAUAAGUUCCCCCCCAAGUUCACCCUCAAAGCUGGACAGAUGGUCACGAUCUGGGCUUCCGGGGCUGGUGGGACCCAUAACCCCCCCUCUGACCUGGUGUGGAAGACUCAGAACUCCUGGGGCAGUGGGGAUCUGUUCCAGACCACUCUGAUUAGUGCCAGCGGAGAGGAGAUGGCAAUGAGGAAAGUCACACGCACGCUGUUCCAUGACGACGACGAUGAUGAAAUGGCCGCUCACAGCACUUGCGGUGACGGCGAGUACAACCUGCGCAGCCGCACGGUGCUGUGCAACUCGUGCGGCCAGCCGUCGGAGCGGGGCCCCGGCGGCUCGGCGGCGGCCAGCUCCGGCGUGUGCAGCACCUCGCGCUCCUUCAGCAGCGGGGGCGGCGGCCUGCCUGAAGGCUUCGUCUCACACUCCACGUUUCUACUGGCCGGCGACCAACCCAGACAGGGAGGUCCUACGCCAGGGAACUGCUCCAUAAUGUAGGUCCAAGGACAAGCACAGCGUCUUCCUGGCUUCCGGGCUCCCGUCUGCGCUGCGCAAAAAACUGGGAAACGCGGUUUUUUUUUCGUUUCUUGUUCUUUUUCUAACUUCUAGCGAUGGAAAUCUUUUUAUUUUUUCAUACAUUAUACUUAAAUCAGUCUUAUUUUGUAUCGAAGAAUCUGCAGGAUUAGAUUAAUAGCUUUUUGUAUUGGCCGAGGGCUUCUAGGCGGCUUGGAUGCUAUAACGGGGUUUGUACUGUACGUUAGUUCUGCGCGUUAGUCUUUUGCAUGCAGGUUAAGCAGCUGCUUUCUAGCCGCGUUCAGGGAGAGACGGAGGCAGAGCACUCAACACCCAAAGACAAGGAUCCGCCUUUAGGCUUUCCUGCUGAAUGCUGUCGCAACUCAACACGCACACCUCGGUAUCCCUGUCAGCAAGUUUACUUACGUGCCAUCGGGAGUGUCUUUGAACGUACUGUACGCUAAAGCCAUAUUUUGCUACAUCUACCAAAUGCUUUUACAAUUCACAACACAGGACAGAUAUCCAAACCGAAUUGAUGUUGAUGAUGGAACCUGUAAAAUUAUGCAAUGCCUUGCAUGUGGUCUUGAAGGCUAGAGUGAGCACAUCACUGUGGUUAAGAAGCCUUUUUGUGCCUUUAAAUGGCGGUGACGUUCUGUAGGGUUAUGUCUCAGUGGUACUGGUCCAGCGGUGUUCUCAAGCUCAUAAGAAAAACUAAUGGGCAUUGCAGAAGAAAACAAAAUGUAUAACGAAUGCUGGAUAAUUAUUUUUUGAAGGCCAAAGAGCACUUUUUAUCUGUACUUGAAAGAGUACUUGAGCUUGGGUUUUGUAGGUAAGAGUUAUAAGUGGUUGUUAACAUUUAACUCAAUUUGAAAUUACAUUUUUGCUAGGAUGUAUAAUUCUUUAUUGAUAACAAAAAAAAAUUGUGGUUUAAGAUAAUCGUAUACAUUAUAUCAGUAAUGAGCACGUGUUCUUGUGUGUAGCCUACGAGAGUCAUUUGCAUUGAAAGUCUAGUUUGAAAUUGUCUUUUUUUUUUUUUACCUGGGAAAUUUACUUUAUUAUAAAAAUCUCUGUUGAAGAUGUCUGUGGAUGUUUGGUGAGCCCCCAUUGUAAUAGAUUAGUGUUGGAUUUGUACGUGCCGGCUCAGACAGUGGCAAGUGUUGAUGUAAUUAGUCUCCUCUCUCCUGCAGCAGUAGUUUAAAUCAUGCUUGUUGUGUCCUCCACCUGGUUUGGGUGGCCGUCUCUUCGCUCGGUCCCCGGUCAUCAGGGACACUUCUAAAGUGCUUUUGAGCUAACGAACUGCAUACCGUGGGAAGUUCUAGACAGCAGUGACCGCACCUCUGAUGCACUUCCCCUGACAGUCUCAGGUGAGCCUGUGAGACUGUCCUGGAAUGGAACUGGAACUGUUCUGUUGGAUUGGAAGUGUUCUUUUCUUUUCUGUAGUGUUCGUAUUCUGAGCUCUCGCUCUCACCCAGCCGGUGGUGGAUUAGGCAUUCUUGGAUUUUUCUAAAAUAGCUGAUGCCUUUGCUUUGAUUGUAUUGCUCUGCUAAUGAUGAACUGUGUUUUGGUCAGACAAGGGAGCAGUUCUUUCUUUUUUUCUACAUUUAUAAACAGAAUUUGGAACAACUGGCAGAUCAGUGCCAGCCGUGUCAGUUUUGACAGAUAGGUAAAUAAAUAAAGGUUCAUUGUAAUUUGGUAAUUGAUUGAUUGGCACACACUCAUGUAAACACAUUGGUUUUGUAAGUACUUUAUAGGCUACAUUUGCAAUUAUUUUUGAAUGUUGUUUUUUUUCUUUAAAUGACCAGACUCAGUCUUCAUUGCUGAUGUAAAUGUAUAAGCAUAAAUAGUGCCUUGAAUUCUUUCAUUAAAAAAAGCCAAUAUCCCUGA